UCAGGAAGGAGAGCAGCUCCUGGUGAAGGAGGAGACUGAUAGCAGCUUUCCAUUAACUGCUGCUCCUAUCAACAGUAAGGCUGUGUUUACUUUCUUUGUGUCCGUGUUGCAGCUAAAGGCCAAAACUCUCUGGAUUCAUCAGCUUCCUAUCAGAAAAUAUCAGUUCUGUCCGACUCUACGUUCUCUGGUCUGAUGAACAUGAACAGCUCCCAGUUCCUGAUCAGGUUGGUCUGCAGAUAGUUUCACCAGGAACCUUAAAACACAGCGGAUCAAGCACCAGUUGGCCAAGUAGAGAACAGCUGUUCUGUCUGACACGACACACCCUUAGUAUGAUGGAGACAGCCCAGGUUUGGGGAAUUAGACGAAAUGUUGUGAUCACGCUGAACUCAGUAACCAAGAGGAGAACUCCACUUUAGAUGAGGAGCAACAAGAACCUCAGCAGAUGAAAGAGGAACAAGAACAGCAAAGGUUCAAAGAGGAAGAGAAGCAAGUCAACAUCAGUCAGGCUGAAAAGCAACAUGUGCUGAAACAGGAGACUGAUGACAUUUUAAUAAUUCCUUCUAAUGUGCAACGACCCCUCAGUGAAACAGAGCAAGACAGCAACAAACUCAUCUGUCAGGCCUCCCCUGAAGUUGAGAACCGGGAUCAGGGAGGAAACAACGAUAAACCAGGAAAAAGGAGAGAAGAGCAAAAGCAAAAUGAGAAAUAUAGCACUGCUGACAUUUCAAAAGAAAAACUGUGCAUGAAAACCCACCCUGACCAAAAUAUAUAUUCUUGUAAAACUGGUCAUAAAAACUUUUCUCAAAAAUUUCACUUGAGUACACACACAAGAACAGAUGAGUCUAAGAAGCCUUUCUCAUGUAUGAGCUGUGGGAAAAAGUUCCCCUAUAGAAGCACUUUAACUUAUCACAUUAGAACUCACACAGGUGAGAAACCUUUCACAUGUGUGACCUGUGGAAAAAGUUACUGUACUAUUAGUGUUUUAAAUUGUCAUAUGAGAGCUCACAUAGAUGAGAAACCUUUCAAAUGUGAGACCUGUGAGAAAUGUUUUACAAACAAACCUAAUUUGCUACGUCACAUGAGAACUCACACAGGAGAGAAGUCUUUCAAAUGUGAGACCUGUGAAAAACGUUUUACACAAAAAUCUGAUUUGGCAGGUCACAUGAGUUCUCAUGAAGAUGAGAAGCCUUACUCAUGUCUGAUCUGUGGAAAAGGUUUUAAAAGAAAAAAGUAUUUGUCAUAUCACAUGAGAACUCACACAGGUGAAAAACCUUUCUCAUGUGUGACCUGUGGAAAGAGUUACUGUGAUAAAAUUAGUUUAAUUUGUCACAUGAGAACUCACACAGGUGAGAAGCCUUUCAAGUGUGAGACCUGUGGAAAAUGUUUCACAAACAAACCUAAUUUGCUACGUCACCUGAGAAUUCACAAAGGUGAAAAGCCUUUCUCAUGUGAGACAUGUGGAAAGAGUUUUACAAAAAAAUAUACUUUGGUAUGUCAUGUAAGAACUCACACAGGUAAAAAGCGUUUCAAAUGUGAGACCUGUGGAAACAGUUUUACAAACAAACUUGAUAUGAUACGUCACAUGAGAACUCACAAAUCUGAAAAGCCUUUCUCAUGUGUAACAUGUGGAAAGUGUUUUGUCAGAAAAAAUGAAUUGGUGUGUCACAUGAGAACUCACACAGGCGAGAAGCCUUUCAAAUGUGACACCUGUGAAAAAAGUUUUACACAAAUGCAUAAUUUGAUUUGUCACACGAGAACUCACAAAGGUGAGAAACCUUUCUCAUGUGUAACAUGUGGGAAGUGUUUUGUCAGAAAAAAUGAAUUGGUGUGUCACUUGAGAACUCACACAGGCGAGAAGCCUUUCAAAUGUGAGACCUGUGAAAAAAGUUUUGCACAAAAAGGUUAUCUGAAUCAUCACAUGAGAACUCACAAAGGUGAGAAGCCUUUCUCAUGUGUAACAUGUGGAAAGUGUUUUGCUAGUAAAAACAUAUUGGCAUGUCACUUGGGAAUUCACACAGGUGAGAAACCUUUCAAAUGUGAUACUUGUGAAAAGGGUUUUAGACAAAAAAGCAAGUUAAAAAUUCACAUGAGAACUCACACAGGUGAGAAGCCUUUCAAAUGUGAAACCUGUGAAAAAAGUUUUACAAGCAAACAUCAAGUGGCACGUCACAUGAGAACUCACAAAGGUGAAAAGCCUUUCUUAUCUCUAUCUGUGGAAGGAGUUACAAUCAUUACUUGAGACUUCACAGUCGAGAUGCCUUGGAAACAAAGCUGUGCUAAUGUCUUUGGGGUUGUGUUUUAAGUCCUUAACAAACUUUGUCAGCUUCCACGUGAUAAACUUGAGCCAUGAGUGUUUUAAAACUGAUGAGACAAUUAUGUUUUUUUGCAGGUCCACUGAUUACACUAGAUAUAGCUUAAAUUCCCCAAAAUAAGCCCGGAACGUCUUUUAGCAUUAGCUGCUAUUAGCCUCGCUAACAACCUUAAUACUAAAGAGUUGAACUUAAUUUCUGUUUGUUUAAACAUUAUGCUUGUAUAGCAACUAUUAAAUUAACUACAUUAUACAGGUAUUGGACUGGGCUAAUGUCAGAGAUCUUGGAACCGACUCCUAGAGGGAGAGGCAGGAGACUGAGAGAUUUUUUUUAUGGUACUAUAUAUAUUGAAGUAGAAAUAGUGAUUUAAACAAUUAACAUAGAACCUUAAUGCAAAUGUUUACAACAAAUAAAAAAAAAACAGUACAAUGAUACAAUAAAGGGUCAUUCAAUACGUAACAUAUAAAUCAACCAGUGUACUAUAUCAAAAAAAGAAUAUACAAACAUUCAUAUGUUGGUUCACACAAAACACAACUCAAAAUAAAUCUAGACCCACCCACAGUUAAUUUAGAGAUAAACCCACUUCUGGUUUUACCCUUAAUUGUCCAGUGGCUCCCUACUGGCCCGGCUGAGAGAUGACUCUGCAAACCAAAGAUCAGUCUUUCAGGCUAGGCCUUCUCCUCCUUAGAUCGCCAUCAAAGUCUUAGUACCCGGCCUGUAGAACAGCACCAAAUCCCAUAAUAAAUCCCAAUUACAUCAUAUUAUUUCUAUUUACCACUAGUGUGCACAAAUGCAUUAAUACCACUGAUUGCACUUUAUUAAUACAUUACUUUAAAGAUCCAAUAAUUUGUACAAAGCAGAAUGUUUAAAUGAAUCAGAAAAGCUAAUGUGGUGGGAAAUUUUGAUAUAUGUAACUGAUCAUGUCUUGUCUAGGGGCAGCUGCAUUUUCCCCAUGUGACAGAAGCUCACAUGGUUACAGAAUGGUUUACUAUGUUCUCUUCAACUGAAGACAGAUAAAUUAGGACUGGAUCGUACCCGCUGUAUGCAACUCGUAUUUCCUGGUGGAAGAAUGUUGCUCGGAUGAAACGUACUCCCUAAAGUACUCCUUGAUAAACAGCCUAUAUAAAAGUAUAUUGUGUCUUUUUGUUUUUUCUGUUUCCUAACUGGGUUGGGAGGCAGAGGCAUUCAAACACUUUAUGCUUUUGAAUAAAUCUUUCUUUGAUUUACUGAGUAGUGUUUUUUUUUUCGUUUUUGAUAAAGGAUAAAUCUACAGCACUAAAACAAUAGGAAUAAUCAGCAAUAAUCAACAUUAUUGCUUCAAAUAUCACAACAAUGAAUAAAAAAAGUGCUGAAAUUACUUGCACAUGGCUCCAUUUACGAACUAUUAGUGAUAGCACUUGAAAAUAAAUGCUCAAUAUACAACUAAUGGAGAUUAGUUUUAUAAUGUACGUUUAAAAUGAUCAAUUUGGUAGAAACAGGUUGGAAGCAAUUAGGCUAACCAGUCCAUACAAUUAAGUUUGUGCUAAUGCCACAAACAUUACAAGACUGACCAGUUCUAAGGCAGGGGUUAAAGUUCUCUGUCGCUGCAACGGAGUGGAGUGAGAUGGAAGAGAUAUUGUAGAAGCAACUUGCACCAGAACCAGCUGAAAUGGCCUCCUGUCGAUCUAUGGAGGAGGUCUUUAACACUUUCAGCCUGAUUGUUAUUGGGGCAGAGAAGAAACACCAGCACAAUAAAUAAAUAACUUCCAAGAAUCAUCUUAAGACGUCCAUCUAUAUGCCAGAUAAAAUUUUGCUCUUUUUCUUCUUCACCGAAAACCUGUUGGGUUAACUCUGUGUAGUGAUUCUCUUAAACAUCUUCUUUGAACCACAAUAGCCUCUGGAGCGCAGAUGUCCCAUAAGCAUCACCACCAAUAUUUGGGAUGUUCAGUUUUUGAUGGUGCAGUUCUACUCCUCCAUCAUUGAGUCCAUCCUCACCUCCUCCAUCACCAUCUGGUAC